GUGGUGUUUUCUAUUGCUAAAUGUUGGGUACGAACGAAAAUGAAAACACCGUGAGUCGUAUAUUUAAUACGGUGAUUACAUUAUUAUUUAUAACAGGCUACAGUGACUUAUUAGCUGUUAAUUAAUGAGGUAUUAGUGAAUUAAAACGGUUUGUUGGCCGUUUAAAGGGCGUGUGACCGCUGCGCAUGCGCACUUCAUCGAAAACACGGUGUGUGUGUAAACAACCGUUGAGACAUUUAAACAGUCAGCUGUGAGAGAGGCACGAAGCGACCGCGCUGUCGGCCGUUUCAAACUGUUGGACACUGAGCUAUUAUGCAGCAUGACCCCACGAGGACCUCGCCUGUGUUUUUUCUCUGUGAAAGAAGACCCACCCUGACAUCCACCUGUGACACCACACCUCAAAACUUUGCCGAAACCCUGCCGGCAGAAAUGAGCGUGAAGAUCUUUGGUGAGCUGGAUGCAGAGAGUCUGUGCAGCGCCUCACGGACCUGCAAGCUGUGGCAUGACAUCAUUGACGAGAGCGACCAGCUGUGGAGGAGGCAGUGUCUGCUGGUCAGAGCCGUCUGUCAGAGGGAGGUCGACAGCGACAGGGGAAACGGCCUGUCCUGGAAGGUCACUCUAGUGAGGAACUACACGAGAAGCUGUUUAAAAAAAGACUGGCUGAGAGGUCGAUACAGCCACGUGAGGUCAGCGGAGGAGCUGAGCGGCAGGAAGAUGGCGCCGCUGGAUGCCGAGACCUGGGGAGAGAUCCUACAGGCCGAACUGGACAGAUGAUGGCAAUGUCUGCUGCCACAUAUUUUAAUUGCACCUCAAGCACCACUGAGUGUCUGAUUUUUAACUCUAAUAUAUCUUUUUUUUAACUUUUGUGUUUUAUGCCAAUACACACAACCGAUUGUACAUAUAUUUUUUUAAGAAAAAAAAGGAUAAUGGAGAAACAUUACUGGCUGAAAUGAAUUGUUAAAAGUAAGCAUUUCUCAUUGCUGUGAUGUAAAUAUGGCUGAGAUGCAAUAAAUCAAAUGUUUUUU